AUGAAUGUCUCAGCGACUACAGAAGUCUCGCAAAAUAGUGCUUCCAGAAUGAAUUCUGUCACUUCAGCAUCGGAUGCGACAACUGACAGAGCUGCGUUUGUUAAUUCCACAAGUUUGGUUCUUCGUAAUGAAACAAUGUCAUUCACUAUGACCACCUCUCCAUUCCCGUUGACGGAAUCAACGGAACAUCUAACUCACUCUGUAAAUGGUCCCACGGGUAUGACAACAUACUUCUCUCCAUGUGCAUCAUAUCCGAACGACAUGAAUUGCACCACUGCAUUACCCGUAAAUGGCUCUAAGGACUUCACCGCGCUGAUAGGAGCAGCGGCGGGCUUUUCAAUUGUUGUCAUUAUUCUUGCUGGGGUAUUAUUGUUCCGUCGCAGAUAUAGGCGGCAACAAAAUACACGGCAACCCAAUCAAUCUAAACGCACUUUGACAAUGGAAACUGGCGACUUGGACACAAAUGGGACACCAGGCUUAGGUCAGCUUAACCCGACGUACGAUUCUAGCCGAUCGGAUGAAAAUAGUAUUGAAUUAGAAGAUGACAUCCGUAGCAUUACGAUUGAUUUUGAAGCUGAUCCUCCCAUUUCAAUAGACAGUCAGGGAUGUCGAUUGGAAAUCCAAGAUGAAGCCUAUGGAUGUAAUGAUCCACACGCUCGUGAAGUCAUUGAUUCUGAAAGCAGUGAGGCAUCGCAUGACGAGAAAAGAAACAAUAAUAGAGUCUCAUACGUUGAUGUAAUAGUUACACAUGAUCAAGAUAAGACAUGUGAAAUUGGCAAUGCUGAAGACUCUAUAUGCACAGAUGAUACACACGAAGAGAUUAAUCACAUUGAGCCCAUUGUGAAUCACACUGAAAAUGGUGUGGAGGAUCAGGCAAAGCCGAAUGAAGCGGAGCCAAAUCUUGGGGCUGGCAGGUCUAAAUCUGUUGAGAUGCAGCCUAAUACUCACCCUCAAUAUGUGCAGAACAGAGAUUCUAGACCUUUGAGCAUGACGGGGGGCACGAUCCAUAAGCAAGGGAAUUUUUUGAAAAUAUCAACAAUGAGUAGUAGAGAUUCUGGUUAUAAUAGUUUGCCAUCGCUUCAUUCAAAAGACUCUGAAUUACCGGAUACACCUCUAUCUGAUAGGGAACAAAGUUCCGUGGACGGAAGUUUCCCGGAACCGGAUACGGUUGAAAAUCUUCGAAAGCAAUUUAAAGAAAAGGCACAAGAAGACUCUUCCCAGACCUGGGGUACACCUACAUUCGCUAUUAAGAGGAUUGGUGCGAACGGAGAUACGUUAACAUUACCAGAUGGAACUGCAACACUUCAGGUACCAAAAGGUGCACUGAAAGCUGCAAAGGACAUUCACAUCUACAGAAAACCGUUUCAAACAUCAACUGGGAUUCCAGUUAUAGACUGUGGUCCAGAUGGCAUCUUAUUUGAUAAGCCUGUGACACUCAUUGUUGAGUGCGAUCACCUGACACUAGACCCGAAGAAAUUAGCAGUCUUUGCCAAGAAUGAUGGAGAGGACGCAUGGGCUAAUUUAUCUGAUAGGGAAGGAUCAAAAUGUGAAUAUGAUAAAGAAAACGGGAAGAUCACAUUCACACUUAAACAUUUUACAAAGAUAACUGCUGCAGAGAACUCGGCCGAUAUCAGUGACGAUGACAAUACGUCACUAAAUGAUCUAAAUGCACCGGGAGCAAAUGCUAGUCCACCUCCUGAAGGGGCCACUUGCCAAACACCUUAAGGUCCGUCGAUUUCAGAAACUAAUGUCGAAAAUGAAAUUCCAUACCAUGUGAAGAUAUUUGUCAAUUGUAAUGGCAAGGGUGGUGAGUUCAGAAUCCAC